AAGCGUAGCACAGAAAUCCCACAAUCUGAAAAUACUAGUGCGCGUGGUAGACUUUAAUUCGUAACGCAAACGACGUCAUUACUCGCCUGUUCCCAAACGCAGUAAAAUCGAAAUCUGCCCAACUUUUGACAAAAUCUCAAAAUAGUUGUUAAUUAGCGCAGCUGAGAACGUGAGAAACACUCCGGAAAGGUGAAGGAGAAUUAAAUCAACAUUAUGUCAUCCCGUCGCUCUUUGCCCUACGCCGGCAUAUUGGCCGCUUUGGUGUUCGCCGCCGCGGCAGUACAUGGCUCGCAAUAUUCAUCAAAUAUGUUUUUGAACGGCGAAUAUAAAAACGGUCUGGCCUCCCAUCCGGACGAGGACUAUCGAUCGAACCCAGCGGCAGCCUUCAUUUCAAUGCUCAGCAAAAGAGCCUCACCCUUUGUCGGCCAACAGUACCUGCCAACGUUGCUGGAGUGUCGAGGACGGGGUCAACAGUGUGUGCCCAAAGACAAAUGCCUCAAUGGCUAUUUUACUCAGCAGUUACCCAAAGUUCAGAAUUGUGCCCCUGAAGACAAUGUGUGCUGUACCUAUAAUCCACCCACACCUGCACCAACAACAACCACCACACAAACGCCCUACACCACCUGUGCUACCAAUAUGGCUUGUGUGGCCGCUCGCGACUGUCGUAAUGGCGAAAUUCUAAGCAAUGCUGUUGUCAACUUAGAGUCCAAGAAAUGUUUAUCCCCGAAUCUUUGCUGCGGUGUUCCUUCCACAAUGUUAACAGAGGACGGAUAUGUUUUGAAGACCCCUCCAACACCUCUGACAUAUCCGUCGCCGGAGCCAGUUAGACCUACCACCGAAGUAAGCAAUAACUAUUUACCACCAGCACCGGUAAGAACAACGAUCAGACCACAACAGACUCAGCCAAGACCUACGACUGCAGCGCCCGUGAGACAAACUCAAACCACUCCAGCCAGAUAUCAGCCAAGGCAACCGACCACCACCCAAGCACCUUUCAGACAACCACAGAAUCCAGUUUCAACAACACCACGCAGAAUUCCAUCAACCUCGCCGCCAAAAUAUUUGCCACCUUUGGAUCAUCGAGAGGAAUCUUCUAAUCAAAAUAGUAUUGUGAUGCGCGGUGAAGACCAACUGUCUCCUCAAAUAUUCCCAACAAACAAACGACCAGGAUCAUUUGCACCAGGAAAACCUACAAGUCCUAUUGGCCCAGUUGGUCCUAUCGGUCCUGUUAGCCCUGCGGGUCCGGUAGGCCCAAUUGGUUCUGCACCUGCUAAAUGUGCAUCAGCUUUGGUAUGCACCGCCGAGAACUACUGCAGUUCGAUUGGAGUUAUAAGUGAAACUCCAGUAGAAAUCACUCCAUUCAGGGUACCCCUAACAGAUUGUCUUAUUGAGGGUUCAGGUGCACCGGGAAAAUGUUGUCGCGAUGCCAACUAUGUCGAUCCCUGGCCAGUGAAUUUAGCGGGUGUUUGUGCCCAAAGAAACAAGAAUACUAAACCUCAAGGUGUGAAGGAUAUUGAUGCCAAUUUUGCCGAGAUUCCAUGGCAGGCAAUGGUCCUGAAGGAGUCUUCGAAAUCCCUGCUGUGUGGAGGAGCCAUUAUUGGCGAUUCUGUGGUUCUAACAACAGCUGCGUGCGUCCAGGGUGUAUCUGUGAGUGACCUUCGUGUGAAAGCCGGCGAAUGGCAAUUGGGCAGUACCGACGAACCACUGCCAUUCCAAUUGGUAGGCGUCAAAAAGGUGGAGGUGCAUCCCAGCUACGAUGCCAACAGUGGCUCGAACGACAUGGCUGUUCUGCAAUUAUCUCAACGCCUACAAUUUGCUUCGCACAUUCAGCCAAUUUGCAUUAGCGAUAAGGAUCCCAGUCCUUCGGAAACCUGUGUCACCACUGGUUGGGGCAAACAAGCCCUCAGCAUCCACGAAGAGGGAGCCAUUAUGCAUGUCACCACAACCACUCCCGUCUCUCGAAGCGAUUGUGGAGCCGAUAGCAGUGGUGUAUGCAGUAGCACAAAGUUCGAUGCCUGCCAAUUCGAUUCUGGCAGUGCGCUAGCCUGCGGCUCUGGUAGCAGUGUCCUGCUCAAAGGCCUCUACAGUGUCGAGAAUGCUUGCGGCGAGGGACAAGCAGUCCGCUUCGUCAAACCCGAUGUUGCUUGGGUCAACAAGCAAUUCCUCCAAACAAGUAAACCUCUGCUCCUAAGGGUGUAACUAAUUAGUAUGGCAUUCUGCAUCGAAGCGUGUUAGUGCUAAAACUACAAUUAUCUCUAGAACAUAGUGAUUUCUGUCUUCAUACUCCAAACUCAAACAACAAAAAAUCGCAACUAAAUUAUUUAAAGUUUCAUUAAAAAUCUCAUACACUCUCCCCUCGCUUUCGUCUCCCCUCACACAUUCACCACCCGAACCGUACUGCCUGCAAUACAACUCGAUCCACCACCCACCCCCGUCUAAUAUGUAACAUCGAUAUUGCAUUCCGAACACAAAAGUAGUCACACACACACUCAAGUGCAGACUUCUCUCUCUCUCUCCCUCUAUCUCUCUAUCCCUCAAGGACUCUCAACGAAAACAAACAAGACAUUGCAGUUCUUUGCAACCACUUGUUAAACCCUGUACUAAAAUUUCAAUCGACAUUUUCAAAUUGAGAUUAUUGUUUUUUUUUGUUUUAUUAUUAUGUAGAAAUAAGUUUAAAUGAAAAUGAGCGGUACUUGUGUAAUUAUAGCACUACUUUCAAUUUGCUUUGCAUACCUCCGAUUUCCACCAUGCAACAACAACUUUCAUAACAUCAUUUAAGCAAUGUACUACUAUUACAAUAUAAUACAAACGAACAUGUAUAAAAUUAUUUAUGUCUUAUUGAAGAAUUGCGUUGUA